AACAAGUCCUCCAAUCCAUACGACCAUACAGGUCGUUUGCAUCUUUCCCCAAAUACGACCCUGUGGAGCGUUCCUGAAAAUAGCGCCCCUAACGCCAGCUGGAAAUACGCCACACAGGUUCGCCUCGCAUUGCAUUGUGGAUUAUUCUGCGGGAUAAUCGAGGCUAAUUAAAGAUGCCUACUCUGAAGGACUGUUACAAAUGCAGGAAAAAAAUUGGAGUUGCAAGCAAAAUGUGCCUACACUGUAGUGCCAAGCAGCCAUAUAAGCAAAAGCUUGAGGAAAAAAAGAAACAGCUUUCCCAAGAAUGGAAAGAGCGUCAAAAAAAAAAAACAGCAGUGUGAACAAAGUGUAUGAUGGAACCAAUCUACUGCUCCACAAAUGGCAACUUUUAGAGAGGUAUCCAGUCCUUCUCCUUGCCAGGAGAACCUCAAACGGUUUUUCUGCAGAGUGCUUCUGUCCAUGGAAGAUGGAAACAGAAGAUGCACAGGAUGCAUUUGUCACAAUAAAGAGGUUAUAUGAAAGUCUUCUGAAUGUGGCUAUUGCAGAGAAAGCAACAAGCAGAGUGGGAGAGACUCCAGCACCAAACAGCAAACAGACAGAGACUCCACCAAUACACAACACAGCAGACCCGGCAUCAGAGUCAACACCUCUGCUCCCCUGUAAUGUGGAUAACUCAGAGAAAGCAGCAAGCAGCACGGUCGAGACUCCAGCAACAACCAGCAAACAGACAGAGACUCCACCAAUAGACAACACAGCAGACCCAGCAUCAGAGUCAACACCUCUGCUCCCCCCUGAGUCUGAAACUCCUGCAUCUUCCUCCUUGGCUUCUCCUAUUUCUUUCACAAACUCCUUGUCGUUAUCUGUUGCUCCUUCAGUCUCCACCCUGACUCAGUCUGUUUUGAAGUUCUCUCAACCCAGUCCUAUAUCUUCUUCCCUGGCUUCUCCUCUGCCACCAGCCUCUAUCCUUUCUGCUUCUUCUAAACUCAAUCCUGUGUCCACUGAGCUAGGCAGUCCAGACACAGUGUCUUACGCACAAAAAAAAAGACAAAUAAAGAGGAAAACAGAACCUAAAGGUAAUUAUGGAUUUGUUGAUUUGUGGAUUAGUUUUGAUAUAUGAAUCAAAACUGUUCUUAGUUUUUGCUGUGUGAAACAGUUUUAGGUAACUGGAACGGGACCUUUCUCAUUUUUUUUUUUUUUUUAAGGGACUAGGUUAGAAAGGCACAUAUUGUAAUAUGCAUCUUAUAUGUUUUAUUUAUUUUCUUGUGUCUUGUUUAUUUAUUUUUGGCAAUUUAAUGUUAUGCAGUGAAUAGUGUAGUAUACA